CCAUCUCAUUGAUACCGCGAUCGAAACCCCUAACCCCUCGCCUCCCGCGACCCCCACCCGCCGCCACCUGCUUACUACCGCCCACCGCGCCGCCCGCGAACCGGUCCGCCGCUAACCCCGCUGGUUUCCUCCGCCUCCCGCAGCCCGCUGCCUAUGACGGUGGUGGCGCCGAAGGUCGAGAAGGAGGAGGAGCAGGUGGUGAACCCGUGGGAGGUGUCGGCCGGUAAGGGCGGCAUCGACUACGACAAGCUUGUCGACCAGUUCGGCUGCCAGCGCCUGGACGCAGCGACCAUCGACCGCGUCGCACGCCUCACUGGCCGCCCCCCGCAUCGCUUCCUCCGCCGCGGUCUCUUCUUCGCCCACCGGGAUUUCAACGAGAUCCUUGACCUGUACGAGAAAGGCGAGAAGUUCUACCUAUACACGGGGAGGGGCCCCUCGUCGGAGGCCCUGCACCUUGGCCACCUCGUCCCCUUCAUGUUCACCAAAUAUUUGCAGGAUGCUUUUAAGGUGCCACUGGUAAUACAGCUCACUGAUGAUGAGAAGUUCCUGUGGAAGAAUUUGACUGUUAACGAAAGCAAAAGGCUUGCACGUGAAAAUGCAAAAGACAUCAUAGCAUGUGGCUUUGAUGUUGAAAAGACUUUCAUUUUCUCUGAUUUUAAUUUUGUUGGAGGUGCCUUUUAUGAAAACAUGGUUAAAGUUGCCAGAUGUGUGACAUAUAAUAAGGUUGUAGGAAUAUUUGGAUUCAGUCAAGAGGAUCACAUAGGAAAGAUUAGCUUUCCUCCUGUGCAAGCAGUUCCGUCAUUCCCUUCUUCAUUUCCCCAUCCCUUCUCUGGCAUGGAACAACUACGUUGCCUGAUCCCAUGUGCAAUAGACCAGGAUCCUUAUUUCAGGAUGACCCGUGACGUUGCCCCUAGAAUUGGUUGUCAAAAGCCAUCACUAACUGAAUCCAGAUUUUUCCCUGCUCUUCAGGGGGAGAGCACGAAAAUGUCAGCUAGUGAUCCAAAUUCUGCGAUAUAUGUGACAGAUAGUGAAGAAAAAAUAAAGAUGAAGGUGAACAAAUAUGCUUUCUCAGGUGGCCAAGACUCAGCGGAACUCCAAAGAGAGCUUGGAGCUAACCUUGAGGUGGAUGUCCCGAUUAAGUACCUGAACUUUUUCCUUGAAGACGACCAUGAUCUCGAGCAGAUAAAGAAGGGUUACGGGGAUGGAAGCCUGCUAACUGGUAAAGUGAAGAAUCUUCUUGGUGACGUUCUAUAUGAGGUGGUUAAAAGACAUACGAGAGCUAGAGCUCAAGUGACCGAGGAGAUGGUUGACGCCUUCAUGGCUGCGAGACCUCUUCCCAAUAUGUUUGGCUGAGAAUAUUAGCAAAACAGGAAUGCUACCAAUGUAGUACAAGGUUUUAUUUUUAGUUGGAGUAGUUUUUUUCAUUUUUUCCAAUGGCCUGACGUAGCAACGGUCCCAAGACGCCAAUGAUUUUAGCCAUGAUCAAUUUCGAAGCAGAAUAACGAAGUACUAAUUCACUAGUCUCUUUUUGGUUGUGCAAAAACAAAGUUGACCUUCUUAUCCAAGUAUCUGACUGGACAAGAUUCUUUGCCCCCAAAAAGAGCCAACCUCCUCCCUGAAGACUGGGCUUGGGCCCACAGGCACACAAAAUCUUUGGCAAAACUGACUAGCAUUUAUCUCCAUACACCUCACUCCUUCCAUGUUUUUAAAACUAGAAUUGCUUUUUUGAAACUGCACUCCCAACAUUUUUUGUUUGCUGAGAAAUCAGUUGACCAUGUAGCAAGAUCCCUUUGUGUUACUACUUGAGAAGCAUGACAAUUGCACAAGCUGACACUCUUGUACAGAGAUAUCAGAAAUGUAACAGAAGGUUCCUGAAA